AUGCAUAAGUAGCAGCAACUGCCAUAAUGCCGUUAUCUAGUACCUAUAUGGAGCAAAUUAGCAAACCAGAACGAUUUCUAGGCAAUAAUUACAUUCGUCACGCUGUCCCCACGGGGUAAGCCAACUGCAUCGUCACACUACCCAACAUUACUGCAGUUCAGUUCGGUGGUUACUCUACUUAGUGCCUCGUCUCCACAAUCAGUAGCGCGAAUAUGUUUUUCUUGAACGUAAUAAUUUUUCUGUUCUGCAUUGUUACCGUCUCCAGCAAAGCUGAGAAGUGGUACUCCGCGGCAAUCAUCGAUAGGAGAAAAACGCUACAUAAUUCCUCAAAUGCAGAAUUCCGAACCAAUUAUAUCCAAAAUAAUGAACAUCCAUUCCUGCCGUUAAUGUUAAUCGACCCUAAAAAGUCCAAUGAUAGACGUACCAAUUUUUAUUCGGCACAUAUUUUUAAUAUGAAGAGUGCUAACAGUUCCUCGGAAUCUGACAGCGUAUCAAUAAAUUACAAUAAUACCGUUGAGAAUUUGAAUGUGUUGAAUAUAGUGCGCCCUAAAAGAACAAAAAUACGUAAGAGGUGUCCUGUGGCUAGGCCGAGGCAAAUGAAUCAGUUGAACACGAAACAGAAACCUAAGACAAGAUUUUUGGAAGUGUUCCAGGUGGUGGAAUUUGAUCAUGUUUCUUGUACAUCCAGUAGUGGUCUCGAAGGUACGUGCUUGCCAGAGUCUGAGUGCAUUGACUCUGGCGGUUCCACAAUGGGGACUUGCGCAGAUGGUUAUGGAACUUGUUGCGUAACUCAAUUCCUAUGCGAUGGGCAUUCGGACGCAGACACCGGCUGGUUCACUAACCCUGACUUUCCGUCACCAAGUACUGAGAGACUGUCCUGCACUUUUGUAUUGGAUAAAGCUUCGGAAGACAUUACUCAGAUACGAUUGGACUUUAACAAUUUUGAGCUCCUUCCACCAACAGACGGCUAUUGUCAGGAUGAUCAGUUCAUUGUUUCGGGACAAAACAUUAACAAUGUGAUUCCGAUUCUUUGCGGGAUCAAUUCUGGUCAACAUGUUUACAUUGAAGUGGGUGAAGUGGACGGGCCUAUCAAUUUCACCUUCCAAACAGUUUCUUCAGAUAGCAGGUUGUUUGCAAUUAAGGUAACACAACUAACAUCGUUAGACGAGCUGGCCGCUCCAACGGGAUGUCUACAAUACUAUACUGAUACACAAGGCUACUUGGAAUCCUUCAACUAUCGAGAUAAAUCUGACAUCGUCAUCGCAAGGAGUCCAAGUUAUUUAAACAAUCUUAAUUACGCUAUGUGCAUCGAGCGGAAAGCAGAAACGUGCAGUGUGACAUACACCAACAGCGGUAACAUGCAGAUAGUUAACUACGACACGGAUGGACUGCCAGUGAUCCCUCCCGAUCAAGCUGGAGUGGAGAUACUGAAUUGUCCCAGCGAUUGGCUGCUAAUAGCUGCAACCAGACUGUGUGGAGAUCGUCUCAAUGAUGGAUCUGUGUUUCAAGACUUCACUGUUAAUGCUCCUGUCACAGACAAUGGCGCUGGACCUAUUGUAGUCUGGUUUCGUUCGGACGAAUCUUAUGUUGGUGUCGGAUUCAAACUUAUGUAUCAACAGAAUUCAUGUAAUGCUUAGUACAUAACAUAAUAGGUAGUAUAGUAAUAAAAUAUUAUAAAGUUUAUGAAUAAAACAGACUAGAAAUUAUGGCUAAGCAUUUAUUAUAAAAAUAAUUUUACAAGUAUGUUUUUGUUUAUUUCUUAUAAUAAAAUAAAGACUGUAAAAAUGACAAAAUACUUUGUAAUGUUAUAAAAAGUAAAUAAAUACUUAUGUGAGGAAUGUUCAAGAAAUAAACAAUAUAUUACUUAAAUACAAUUUAUGCCUAUAAUUACAUUAAAUAGACUUAAAAAUUAAAAUAUAAUAUUUGCCAUUAAUAAGUACAAAACAAAAAAAGAAAUAGGCUGUAAUAACAAAAAUACAUUAUUCAUAAACUUAUGUUGCAUACAUUAUAGAGAACACUUAAAACUUUGGUGUAAUUAUCUCAUUUAAAUAAAAAAUAAUAAUAAUUAAUGUUUUAUUACUUACAUUUCUAAAAAAUAUAACCAAUAAGUAUGUACCUAGUAUCCACAACAAUUGUAUUGUUCAGUUUUGAUCUUCAUGUAAGUAAAUCUAAUAUAAAAUCUAAAUCCCAAUAUUUCGAAUGUUUCCAAUACUUAAAAAAAUAAACAUUACUUGGUUUUAAU